AUGAGUGUUAUAAACAGAGAACAGAUGUUAAUUUUCUCUAACAAACACUAUGAAAUGAAUAGAUGUACAGCUUGUUUAGUUUUGGUCCUGGUUGUUAUCCUAACUGUGAACGCUGUUCAGAGUGCCAGAGGAAACGGUCGACAGCGUCCACAGUUAUUUGGUCGACAUGGUGUACGUCCUGGUAUGAACGGUUUGGUAUUUGGAAAGAGAAAUUCCGAGAGCCAAGAAAUGCAGCAAGAUUGUUGGAGUUCGCUCAAUUUAUGUUUAAAAGUUAUAUUAAAUAAUGGGGAUAUGGAAGAAGUUUAG